AUGGGUUCAUCAGAUCGGUUGUUUUCCAGGCAGAGAACUGUUCAUCAAAUCCUUGGAGGAGGACUUGCUGCAGAUGUGAUUCUAUGGAGGCAAAAAAAUCUGACAGCAGGAAUUUUAGUGGUGACUUUGGCUGCUUGGGUGGUCUUUGAGAUAUCUGGUUAUACACUGCUUUCAUUAUCCUCAAGUGUGUUCUUACUUCUCUUCACCAUUCUUUUUCUUUGGGCAAAAUCAGCAGCAAUUUUAAACAGACCUUCUCCACCUAUACCACAUUUGCAUAUCUCAGAAGAAGUCAUAAAUGAAGCAGCAACGCUCAUUCGCUAUCACAUAAAUGCCUUGCUAUCCAUUUUUGAGGAUAUUGCACUUGGUCGGGACUCGGAAAUGUUCAUAAAAGUGGCUCUAAGUCUUUUGCUGAUAUCUGUAAUUGGGGGUGUCACUGAUUUCCUCACAUUGGGCUACACCAGCCUGUUUAUUGUUCUUACAGUUCCGGCACUUUAUGAAAGAUAUGAAGACUGUAUUGACACAUAUGCUCUAAAGAGCUACAGAAAACUGCAACUGUUGUACAUAAGAUUUGAUGCGGUGUGUAUCAGCAAGGUUCGGAAAUGGAUUUUGGAGGCAAAGAAGUUUAGAUGA